GCUAGUCAGCUGAAAUUGACAUUUGAUGGGGUGUUUGACAUGUUUUGUGUUUUUGUAUCUCUCUAUUUACAUUUUGAAACAUUAUUUAACCGAGAAAGAAAAGAUCUGCGUAGCUCCGAUUUAAUUUAAGACACAAAAGACAAUGUAUUUAAUUUAUUUGCUUAGUUUUUUUGUCAAAAUAGUCAUAUGUUUCGAACAAAACGUAUCCCACGUCCCGGCAGUUAGUGGAUACAAUAGAAACUUUAUUUAUAAUUUGUACAAAUACAAUGAGACCUACAGUGUGAUAGUGAACAGUACAACUCAACAAAUAUUAGACUUUUAUGAGGACUCGGAGGAGUGGUGCGGGUUCCCGACGCGCGUGUUCGUCUCCACGACGGAUGCUGUAAAUGGAAGCUUCCCACUCUUCAUCACAGCCACGCAACAGAAAGGCGUGUCGUCAUGGGAGCUCCCUCUGGUGGUGCACGCCGGGAGAGACAUCGUGUUCAGCAGCACGGAGCGCACGCUGUGUCCGCACGACGCCGGGCCCAAUAUUACAUCCGUGAACCGGCCGCUCAUCGAGGUGACGACGUCAAGUGCAAGCAACGUGUCGGUGGACAUCAAGCUCAGCCGCGUCACCGACUUCUAUGUUGAAGUGGAUAAGGAGGUGUACCUGAACUCGACCCCGUCCACGCCCAAGUACUACUACUUCUCGUUCGACAGCCCGCCCGCGAAUGCCAGCCGGCUGGGGAAGUUCAUACCCAGCUUCAACUACACGGUGCCUAAAAGCGUUAUUCUGAUGGUGGAGUCCGACGAAGACGUGUGCGCCGCCGUGUCCGUGCAGAACAACUCCUGUCCAGUAUUCGACAACGAGCGCGACAUGCUGUACCAGGGCUACCACCUCACCAUGAGCCGGCAGGGCGGCAUCACGCUCACUCAAUCCAUGUUCCCCACCGGCUUCUACAUCGUGUUCAUAGUGAAGGAGACGGACGCGGAGUGCACGGGGGAGGGGGCGGGGGCGCCGCCGCGGGGGGUGGGGGCGGAGGCACGGAGGAAGGGCUUCCGAUUCCGCGUCGUAGCAACCAUAUCCAACACAGAAUUCCGCGUCGUGGCCACAAUAUCCUACACAGAGUACGUGACGGCUGCUCUGACGGCGCUGGCGCUGGUGCUGACGUUCUACCUGACCCUUAAUAAUAUUAUAUUCCACAGAUUCCGCGUCGUGGCCACAAUAUCCUACACAGAGUACGUGACGGCUGCUCUGACGGCGCUGGCGCUGGUGCUGACGUUCUACCUGCUGGCCGCCGCGCUGCUGCACUGCCGCUGCGUGUGGAAAGAGGAGGUGACAAUCUUAGAAGUGGAGGAUGCUGCGGGCCCUAGCGGCUCAGGGGCAGGAGCGGUGCCAAGUGGCACGGGGGAUGAACCAGAGGCGCCUCUGAUCAACACCACUUUGGAAGCGUCAGCGGAGGCGUCGGACUCGGAGUCGGAGUGCGCGCCGGCGCCGCGCCCGCCGCUCACACUCGCCGAGCUGUGCCGGUCGAGGCCGCGCGCGCAGGCCACCAGGACUGACAGGUACUUCUGGAGCGCGCUGACGGUGGCGGUGGUGUACGCGCUGCCCGUCGUGCAACUACUCGUCACCUACCAGGAUAUGGUGUUCGCGACAGGCGCACAGGACCUGUGCUACUACAACUUCCUGUGCGCGCACCCGCUGGCCUCGCUGUCGGACUUCAACCACGUGUUCUCAAACAUCGGCUACGUGGUGCUGGGCGCGCUGUUCAUGGUCACCGUGAGGCACCGGCAGAGGACUUUCAAGCAGGAGCCGAACCGCGGCAUCCCGCAGCACUGGGGGCUCAGCUACUCGCUGGGGCUGGCGCUGGCGAUGGAGGGCGCUCUGUCCGCGUGCUACCACCUGUGCCCCAACAAGAUGAACUUCCAGUUCGACUCAUCGUUCAUGUACGUGAUAGCGGUGCUCUGCAUGGUGAAGCUGUACCAGUCCCGCCAUCCCGAUGUGAAUGCUCGAGCUCACACCACGUUCCUGCUACUGGCUGCUAUUAUGGCUAUAGGAGUAUACGGCAUCAAGUACCCUUCGGUGUGGUUCUGGGCUUUGUUCACGUCGCUGCACCUCGCCGCCUGUUUCUACCUCACUGUCAGCAUCUACUACUUCGGGAGGUUGCGGCUUGAUAAGUCAACAUUCUCAUCUGCGUACGCGCACGUGCGUUCAUCUCGACUACGCGCGCUAGUUCCACAACACACCGCCAGGGCAGCGCUGCUCGCCAUAGCCAAUGUGGCCAACUGGGCGCUCGCUACUUAUGGCCUCAUCCAGCACAACAAGGACUUCGCGCGCCACCUCCUCGCGGUACUCAUGGGCAACGCCAUCCUGUACUCGCUGUUCUACCUGGUGAUGAAGCUGCUGCACGGCGAGCGAGUGCGAUUGUACUCGUGGCUGUAUCUCGUACUCGCCACCGCGGCGUGGGGCGUGGCGCUCGCGCUGUUCCUCAACUCCACUACUAAGUGGUCGCAAACCCCGGCGCAGUCCCGUCGCCACAACUCGGUCUGCACGGCGAUGCAGUUCUUCGACCGGCACGACCUCUGGCACCUCUCCUCCGCCGCCGCGCUGUUCCUCUCCUUCUGUCUGCUGCUGACCGUGGACGACGCACUGCACGACACGCCCAGAGACAAGAUACACGUGUUCUAGAGUACACUGACGUUUUGGGAAGGUUGUUUUGAGUAGUCUGCCAAUGUGAAGCUGGCUAAGCGCGGUAGGUAUAUUUAAAUGAGGUUUAGGUUGGUAACACAGUAAGGAUGGAUACUGU